AUGGCGGCUUCCCUCUUUUCACCUCUGGGGCGCGUGGCCACUCCGCGUCUGCUGUCGCGCGCCUGCUUCUUCCCAGGCUCUACUACCACCACUCCUGCCAUUCUCGCCGCCGUCCGAUGGAACUCGACCGGACCCAAGCCCAAGUCGCCUCUGGGUGCUCUUGCCGACACUAUCACUCGCGUCCCCAAGUCUCCUGCCCCGCUGCAACCCGGCUUCGCGCCCAUCAAGCCCACCACCUCCGCCAAGUCCGACCCCAAGUCCGACCCCGUCUACGAAUCCACUUCCGAUGCCCACUCCUCCAGCUUCCCCAAAGUCAGUGACAAAAAGGUUGGCUACUGGCUGCUUGGCAGUGCUCUCAGCGUCUUUGGCAUUGUCGUAUGGGGUGGCCUCACCCGCCUGACAGAGUCUGGUCUCAGCAUCACCGAAUGGCGUCCCGUAACCGGUUCCUUUUACCCCAUGACCCAGGAGGCCUGGGACGAAGAGUUCUCCAAGUACCGUGCCUCGCCCGAGUUCGCCCUCCUCAACCCGCGCAUGACCCUCGACGAGUUCAAGAAGAUUUACUUUAUGGAAUGGUCGCAUCGUCUCUGGGGCCGCUUCAUUGGCGUCUCCUUCCUGCUGCCCACCAUCUACUUCAUCGCCCGUAAGCGCGUGACUAAAUCCAUGGCAUUGAAACUCGUCGGCAUCUGUGGCAUGAUUGGCUUCCAAGGCUUCAUCGGCUGGUGGAUGGUCGCUAGCGGCCUGAAAGACGACCUGUUUGCGCCUGGUAGCCACCCCCGUGUGUCCCAGUAUCGUCUGACUGCCCAUCUGGGUGCUGCUUUUGUUGUCUACUCUGCCAUGCUUCUCUCUGGUCUCUCCAUCCUACGCGAACACCGCUGGCUCAAAGACCCUGCCGCCGCAACCAAGCUCAUCCAGGAACUUAGCAACAGCCGUCUCCGCACUUUCAAGCGCCUUGUAACUGCUCUGUCUGCUCUCGUCUUCGUCACGGCCAUGUCCGGCGCUUUGGUUGCUGGUCUCGACGCCGGUCUCAUUUACAAUGAGUUCCCUUGGAUGGGUCUGGGCCUGACUCCUCCCAAGAAAGAACUCUUUGACCCCUUCUACAGCCACACUCCCGACCAAUCUGACCUUUGGUGGCGCAACAUGCUGGAGAACCCAUCGCUGGUGCAGCUGGACCACCGCUGUCUGGCCGUCACCACCUUCACUGCCAUCAUCGGUCUCUUCGCCUUUGCGCGCUACAACACGCGCCUCCGCGCCGCGUUGCCCCGCCCCGCGAAGAAGGGUCUCACCGGUGUCGUACACAUCGCGUGGAUGCAGGUCGCGCUUGGUAUCAGCACACUCAUCUACAUGGUCCCCACACACCUAGCCGCGACGCACCAGGCCGGCAGCCUCGCGCUACUGAGCAUGUCACUCAUCCUCUGGAGCAGGCUGCGCACGCCGCGCGGGUUGGUCAAGAUGGUCAAUACUAAGGCGGCAGCAGGCCCGAGGGCUGCAAGCAGGGUCACUAGGCCGCAGUCAGCGCCGUCAAAGGCUGCGAUUGCGGCUGCUUAG